AGGGGAAACUCACAUGAACAAACCCUCGCUACUACGGAUACUAAAACAGUCGGCGCGAGACCGCGCUGCCAAGACUAUCGUAUUGUCUGUACAUAAAUUUCCUUUUUCACUGAGUAAUCCGUAAGACGAUCAUCGAGUAGGAAAAAAAAACAUUGGAAUAUCGAGGUGUUAGUGUUGAUUAAACGCACUGAAAGUAAUAAAUGAAUUAAUGUUUCAGUUUUAAAAUGCAAGUUAAUAAGUGCAUUGAUAAUAUAUCGGGACAUUUUCAUCAUUUCCAAGAACUUUGUCAAUAGUGUGUUUAUGGAUGUGUUGAUUCAACAGAUAAAUACACACAUUGUGCUCAAGUCAUUCAGGAUAAGUUUCUAGUGAUAAUAAAUUCUCAAUCUGGUGCCAGUGAUAUUGGAAUAUUCAUUGAUUUUAUCGAUGGGAGAAUAGCGUCAAUAAUAAUCACGAAUUUUGGUGAAUUAUUUACAUGUGUCUCUACGAAUUUCAAGUUUAUAAAUUUUCUCUGAUGCCUGUCGUAAUUGAUACCGACAAAGCCGGUGUUUCUUUGAAAUCGGAAGUAUCUGACAUGGUGAUCAUAAACAAUACGGUGAAUGAGUGAAAUUUGAUAGAGUCAAUUCAAUAUUUUACAUCCAUCAUUUGGGUUCAUUUACUGGAAAAUACUCUCUGGUCACCGUCCUUGGAUCGUCCACCUCCCGCACCAGAGGCAUUUCUCUUGCUGUGAUAACAAGUGUUGUACUCGUAACUCCAGAGUUUCAUCAUGAAAGUGUACUAAUGAUAAUUACAAAUUAAAAUUGUAUAGUUAAACUGAAAAUCAAAAAAUAUUUUCAGACGUUUAAUUCAAUAUAUAUGUAUAUAUAUAUAUGGAUAUUUAAAUUAUUCUGAUAAUUCCUGCGUGCAAGGGUGACUUUAUCAGGUGUUUAUUGGAUGCCACGUAUCAUCGAGCAUUGAUAACAUUUUGCACCGGAGGAAACGGGAGCCAGUACGGUGGUAGCCGGGGGUGCGAUAGGCGGUACAGAGGGCCCAGGCGGCGGGUGCCGCAUAUCAUCAAUGACGAUGGCCGAGAGCGUCGUGGAGGACGCCGCGGCCGCGCCCCCGGGUCCAGCAAAGCCGCCACCUCCCUCCUGUACGAACAACAAUACAUUAGCAGCAACGGCAAAUCGAAAUCAUCGAGCACUGCGCAAACGAAGACGACUCAAUCAAGUUUUGGACGAUCUCCAAGCCCACAAAAAUCCACCCAACGAGUGUGAAACUAGUUCAAACAGAUUUGAAUCAACAUCACUGGUAUCCGAAGAGGAGGAAGAUGUUUUUGGAUCGCCGAGAUCCGAUCUUCCGAGUCAAUUUUCAACGAAAAACCUCAAGGACGAGCCCGCAGAGCUGCUGGACGAUCUCGAGCCAUUGGAGAACUUGGAGUCACAGACCGAAGACAGAUUGACUAUUGAUCCCAGCUACAACAAGCACCACCUUCCAAUAAGUCUUCAAAGAAAUAAUCAUCAUCAUCACCAUCAUCAUCGAGUGCCGUUGAAAUUUUCCGGCUGCAGUUGUAUAAAUUGUUCCACUGCAAAUACCGUAAUGCUGCCUUCACCCACAUCACCACAAACACCUAUGACACCCCUGAAUUUCACCCCGUUGACGCCAGUCUCUCCAUUAUCAUACAGCUUCGAACAAUAUCUCCACACAAAGUACCUGCCUACCCCUGAUGAGAGAAAACGCAGUCACUCAGACUCAGAUGUUGGCGCUAGUUGGGAUCAAAAGCCACUCUGGCCAAGAUCACAUACACCAGGUAGUGGAUCAGUGGAGAGUGACAACACCACUAGUCCCCAAGAAUCGCCCUUAGACCUUUCAAUGAAAAAUUCACCGGUCGAACGGCCAUCGGCCCUUCAGCUCAUACCCUCAGGUGUCACUGGAGUUGUGACACGCGGAUCAGUCAGUGUGCCAGUAGUACGUGGUGAUGUUGCAUCGCCAACUACUAAGGAAAGCGUUGCCUUCAGGUAUAAUUUGGAAGUGUCCCCAGUGGUCGAGGAAAUGCCCCCCGGUGCUGAUGUUGCCUAUGUGUGCCCAGUUUGUGGACAAAUGUUCAGUUUACAUGACAGAUUAGCUAAGCAUAUGGCGUCGAGACACAGGAGACAGGGGCCAAGGGAUGCGUCGGCGAAGGCGUAUCGGUGUGACGUUUGCAAUCGUAGUUUUGCAAGGUCCGAUAUGCUGACGAGACACAUGAGGCUUCAUACAGGUAUCAAGCCCUAUACUUGUCGGGUAUGCGGACAGGUUUUCAGCAGAUCCGAUCAUCUCAGCACUCAUCAGAGGACUCAUACGGGUGAAAAACCGUACAAGUGUCCACAGUGUGUGUACGCCGCAUGCAGAAGGGAUAUGAUUACGAGGCAUUUAAGGACUCAUGCUAGAUACGUCGAUGGACAGACUAAAACCGAAUCUACUGAUCUAGAAAGUCCCACUUAUCCCAUUGACUCAAUGUCCAAUCUCAAAACAGAGUAAAUUUAUGCUGAGACAAAUUAAGGGUUUAUUUUUAGAGGUAUGUCUUUAAUUAUGGUAUGAUGAUAGUGGUCUGACAAUUUUCACCGCAACAUCCCUUGUACUGCAGAAAAUUUUUCCGGUAAGAAUUUGUUUUAGGGGGUGACGAGAAAGCAAUUUCCAGUGUCAAGCCAAAUUGAAUUAAUUCGUUUGGAUUUUUUUUAGAAUCUGUGAGAAAGUAUUUUAGACUUCACUUGAUUUGAUGUGAAAAUUGGACUUAAGUAAAGACAUUAUUCUCUAAAAAUUUCAGUCUUCUCAGUGUAAUAUUCCCUAAUACGUCAUUUAUUUGAAAUCCCUUAAAAUAAUCUGCUCAUUUUGUCGAGUACUCUAACUCUACUCAAACCUUCCGGAUUAACGUCAUUGUGAAUAACGAAAAUUCCAAAUUUUCAUGGUAACAAUUAAUGAGGGUUUGAAUAAAUAAAAUCCCACCCGAAGACUGCCCCACCUGUGUUCGUCCGCGGCAGAUAGACGGCCAAACAGUAUUAUCCCCAUGUAUCUCUCACCGGUUCAUCGUUCACUGUAACUUUUAUCUUUUUAUUGUCGUCGCCAGUGUCGGAGAAUGUCAACAUUCAUUCCACGCCAAUUGUAAUAUUUACUCAACAUAACAAUUUCCAUCUCUAGCCUAUUUUUAGUAAUUCACUUCCAUUGAGUGUCGCCCCCCCUCCUUUUUUUCUCUUUUUCCCCGAAAAUGAUUUUCUGAAUGGAAUGACUCACUCAGUAAAUCCAUGUAACGCCACGUAUGUGCUCUUAUGUAAGAUUUUUUCAUAAACAGUGCCAAAUUAUUUGAUUCUUUUCGAUUACUCUUUUAAUAGUACUAAAGUGUGCUACAUCGGUUUGAUUUAAUUUGAAAGAUAAUAAACAAAAUUGCGUGCGAUCUGAUCUGCUCACAGGUCGGAGGAGAGGAAUUGACAAGUGGGUUGUUAAUCGUUCAAUUGAUGCCAAUAUAACAUUGAAAUUAUAAAUCGAAGAUUAUUAGUAUUAUUGUAAUCACUCUUAUAAAAAAAAUUUAACACGUUGAGUUAGCCACAUUCGUGCCUGCGAGAUUGAUUUUUUUUACAUUACUAUAAACAGGUGGAUGACAUAUUAGUUGUUAAGAAAGUGUGUUUGUUUGUUGUUUGUUUUCAUUAUUACGUUCCUCCUAAGGUAUGAUUUUUGUCUGUUACAUAUGAAUCUUUGAAUUGUUGAGUCCACGAGUUUAUAAGAUAACCAGGCGUUCAAUCCUAUAAAAAUUAUGACUGGUGGCUAUUUCUUCGAAUGUCCCAUGAAGAAAGGGGAUGAAAUUUCUAUGACGUCCAUAUUCGUAGAUGUAUUUCGAUAUUUUUGUACAUCAGAAUUUUUUUUCCCUUUAAAUUAUGAUGAAACUGAGAGAUUGAUCGGUAAAUUGUCAAUUUACUUUGCCAUUUUACUUGCCUUUAGACUUAUUAAUCAAUCGUUGAACGAGUGUGCCGUUUAAAAGAAUUUUUAACAGAAAAAGGGGAGGAUUACGUUUAUGUCUUCGGGCAGAGUGUGAGAAAACUGUGCCAGACAAAACGAAAUUUAUACGAAAUAUAUGCUUUCUGUAAUUAUAGUAUGAUUGUGACAAUUCAAUCGUUAGCCAUAUCCGAAGAUUUAUGAAGCAUCUAAAGUACUCCUGUUUAGUUAUUAAUUAAUUAUGAUUAUUAUUUCUUGAUUAAACUUAAAUAAGUUGUUAAGUAGUUUCUCAUGUUUAAAACUUCUGUUAUUUAUUUUGUUAUUCUCUCCUCUCUUCGCUACUACUUAAUUAUUUUUUUUACUCAAAGAAAUUGACCUAAAUAAAUCGAUGAAAAAGCGAAAAAAAAGAAAACGUUUUCCCGUUGAUAUCUUGAGACAUUCUUCAAUUCGACGAUGAUUUUGUACCUUAACUCAUAAAUUAUGUCGUAACCUAGGAAUUGAUGAAAAAUAAUACAUGAAAAAUUUACAAUCCUCCAGUGAAUCCUGUCAGCAAUUCUCUCUUAACUUAAUAUUAUUUAUUAAUGAUGGUGAGGAUGAUCAUUGAAUUUUGUAGGUCUGAGAAAUGCGUACGAGGUGAUAAGUGGAAUAAAUUUUUGGUGGUGAGAAACAGUCGUGCCUUGAAAUAGCGGAAAACUAUUCUAUUGAAGUAUGUCGAUGAGCAUUGUAACAUACAUAUUCAAUGGAGUUUGUAGGUUUAAAGAAUCAGGUUAAUCAAAACAAUGUGAUUGAACUGAAUUAGCUAAGAAUCAGAGGGAUGAUAUUAUCUAUAGUUUCUAAAUUCAUACAUCUGUUUUGUUUAUCGACGGCUCAUCUCGGAACAGGAAGGAGAAUCGUUAUAUUAUUCAUGUGUAUAUGUAAAAAUAAAAAUGAUCAACUUCCAAGGGAAGAAAGUGAAAGAUAA